AUGAAGUCCUUGGUGCGAAGGAAAGGAACAGCUGGGUAUCAUCAGCAUGGCGCUCCGCUGAGCGAGCUGUCCUGGUCUUCGUCUCUGGCCGUGGUGGCCGUCUCCCUGUCGGGCCUCUUCACCUUCGUCUUCCUCAUGCUGGCCUGUCUCUGCUGCACCAAGAACAAGAGCGGCUUCAAAGAAUUCAAGAAUGUGGACGGGGAGGAGUACCAUGCAGAUAUGUCCACCUUGGCCUCGCCGACCUCCCAGGGCAGCCCGGAUGUCUACAUCCUGCCGCUCACCGAGGUGUCCCUGCCGGUCGCCAAGCAACCUGCUCGAUCAGUCCAACUCCUGAAGUCCACUGAUCUGAGCCGCCACAGUCUGCUGUACCUGAAAGAGAUCGGCCAUGGCUGGUUCGGGAAGGUUCUGCUGGGGGAGGUGAACGCCGGCCUGAACACCACCCAGGUGGUGGUGAAGGAGCUGAAGGCCAGCAGCAGCGUGCAGGACCAGAUGCAUUUCCUAGAGGAAGCUCAGCCUUUCCGAGGCCUUCAGCACCCAGCGCUGCUGCAGUGUCUGGCCCAGUGCACCGAGGUGACGCCCUACCUGCUGGUCAUGGAGUUCUGUCCUCUGGGGGACGUGAAGGGGUACCUGAGGAGCUGCAGGAGCUCAGAGAGCAUGGCCCCGGAGCCCCUGGUCCUCCAGAGGAUGGCCUGUGACAUCGCUGCAGGACUCCUGCACAUGCACAAACACAGCUUCACUCACGGUGACUUGGCUUUGAGGAACUGCUUGCUGACUGCUGACGUCUCAGUGAAGAUUGGAGAUUAUGGCUUGUCCCAGAACAAGUACAAGGAUGAUUACUUCGUGACGUCAGAUCAGCUGUUCGUGCCGCUGCGCUGGAUCGCUCCGGAGCUGGUGGACGAGGUUCACGGAAACCUGCUGGUGGCCGACCAGACCCCACGCAGCAACAUGUGGUCUCUGGGUGUGACUAUCUGGGAGCUGUUUGAACUGGGCAGCCAGCCCUACAGACACUACUCUGACAGACAGGUCCUGACCUACGCCAUCAGAGAGCAGCAGCUCAGACUCCCCAAACCUCUGCUCAAAGUACCGCUGGCUGAGCGCUGGUACGAGGUGAUGCAGUUCUGCUGGCUGCAGCCGGAUCAGAGACCCAACGCAGAAGAAGUCCACCUGCUGCUCAGCUACCUGUGUGCCAAGGGCGCCAGCGAGGCCGAAGAGGACUUUGAGAGGCGGUGGAACUCCCUGCGCCCAAACACCGUCUUCAACAGCCACCGCGGCGCCUCGGCCAUGUUGCGAGACCACCCCUCAUCCACCACCUCCUCCUCCUUCCCCCUCCUGGAGCAGUUCUCGGCGGCCGACGGCUACCACUCAGAGUCCGGGGACGACAUCCUCACGGUCACGGAGACCAGCCACGGCCUCAACUUUGAGUACAAGUGGGAGCAAGCCAGAGCGGAGCAGUCGUACCGAGCCCCGGACUCUUCCAGUUCCCUCGGUCAGGUCAACCACCAUUGCCAGGAGGCGUUUUACCCCCCUGGGGGCAUCGUGGGGGGCUGCCCCAUGGAGAGCCUCAGCCACGGAGUAUCCUCUUACUACCCACCAAAACAUCUGCACGCCCCGGGAAUCCUCCCUGUCCUCAGCGCCCACAGCCCCUCGGUGAGCAGCGAGUACUACAUCCGCAUCGAAGAGCCGGUAGACUGCAACAUCGACCCGGACUUCACCAUGUGCUCCUACAGCCCGGACUACCAGGGCAGCAGCGGCAGCUUCCUCACUGGGAGUGCCGACUCAGGUGAGUGCAUGGCCUGCCCGUCCCAAACUAAGACUCCUUACUGGUCGGCAGAUAUCCACAAGUCGGACAUCUACGACUCGAACGACUCCAGUCCUGCCAUUUCCUUGACGAUGGAGCCUCUUCUAGGGCAAGUGUUGGACAACAGCCCACUGCAGCACUGGGAGUCUAGUCACUAUGUGUCCUAUAAAGACAGAGAUGGGGGGUACUACUACGAGCACUCGCCUCCUUUGGGGAUAGAUCGCUAUUUAAUUGGCAGUGAGACCGCAAGUGAUUAUCCUCAGGAAAGCUGGGGGUCCAGGAGUUUGCGUCAGGCCUUGGGGGAGCUGGAGAACCCACUGGGUGUAGCCCCCGUUGUGGGCAGCGCACCCCAACAGGCCUACAGAGACACAUACCUGGACACCAGUCAGACCUCCAUUAUUGGGAAGAACGUGACGGGAGGCUACUACGACAUGAUGGGCUCCCUGAGGAAGACGAUGCCCAGCCACAACAGGCACAACUCGGUCAGCAUCAACAUGGAGACGGAGGGGGCGCUCUUCAUCGGGCACAGGGACAACAGCGACACCGAGGAGGAAGAUGAAGAGGACAUCUUUGUUGAGAGACACACCUGCAACACUUGGCCGUCGAAACACCGGGUGAGCCACCACAGACGGGCGAGCCACAGCUGCAGACAGGAUGCGUACGUGGAUUUCCACUACACCAUGCCGAGUACGGACAUCGAAGACUCGUGGCCGGAGGAUUACAGCCUGGCCUUCCACUCUCUACCCAAACCCAUCGACUAUCUGGAGGCCAAAGACAACAGUGCCUGCCUUAGUCUGAGUAAGCAUCACACCAUGGUGCCCUCAGACAACUGCAACGCCUACAUCUACCUGUGCCACGAGGCCGAAACUCAGAUGCCCCCAUCUUCAGAGUGCUGCCACUCCCACUUUAUCGACCCUCUUACAGGAUUACUCAUCAGAAACAACAGCUACAGCCACAGCUACAGUCACAGCAGCUACACCACCAGCGAUAAGGCCGUAGACGCGCCGAGCAAUGACGAGAUGAUCAAUCUAUCGCCGGCUCCGGGGGGUCCCAUUGUGGCCAAACCGGCCCUGAUAAAACCUGAAGACAUUAGAGAAACGUAUGUUGACCUCACGACUGAUGACACACUCUACAACAAAGAGAAGAGCAACAACGUGGAUGCAAUCAAAGAAAAUCCAAUCAUGCAAAAGCCGACAGAGGUUAAAGUAGAAGAAGGAGUGACCGAACCGCCUCCUGCUGACAACAUGCAUGUGAUGGUGGCCCUCACGGACCCCCAGUCAGAGCUGAGUCACACCGCCGACAGCGACGUGGACCGAGGCGGCUCCUCCGUGAGCCUCGCCGACAUCCUCGACUGCAGUGACGGAGACGAGGACGAUGACAUCACGGACGACAUCACCGACGUCACCUCGGGCAUCUUCGUCGACGAGUCCAGCGAGCUGACCGCUUCUCCGGCCUUCAAGUCGCUCCAGAAGCAGGUGGGGACCCCCGAUUCGAUGGACUCCAUGGACCUGCCAUCUGCAGCCGGGUCCUGCGAAGGCUUCAGCCCCGCCUCGUCACACCCGUCCAGCUCGCCCAAAGCUAUGGACAGCGGCUACGACACGGAAAACAACGAGAGCCCGGAGUUUGUACCCAAAGAGCCUCACGAACCUCGUGAACAACCUCUGGGGAAGCCCACUACCCUGGAUAAGAGCCCCGAGGAGGACAAGGAGCUGGAGGAGCAGGGGACGGAGGAUAAAGUUGAGGCUGAAACAUCAUCGGGGGAAGAUUUGUCCUCACAAACAGGCGACCACAUCCUUUUACCACUCAGCGAUAAGACUCCGUACAGAGACUCCGCCUACUUUUCAGACUACGAGAGCGAGAGGCAGUCGAGGGAUGAAGGCGAGGAAAGGGGCGAUGUUGAAAAGGAGGCGCACACGGGAGAAGAGAAGAAGGCUGAGAAAAGGAAGAAUCAAGAGGUCGGAGAGCUGAAUGAGAUUGUAGUAAACAAAAUAAAACUUGAACUUAAAUGCAUAUCAACAGGAGGAGCAGAAUCCUCCUCCUCCUCCUUGCCAUUAGGGAUGAACGCAUUCUUGACAGAAGAGUGUGGUGAGGAUGAGGAGGAGCUGGGCCUUCCUCUGGAGCCCUCGGACACCACCUCCAUAGCAGAAGGAGGCCUGGACGAAUGGCCGUCCCAGGAGGAGAGCUCCUCCUUAGGGGACUGGGCUGCAGAGGUGGUGGGAGCCAUGGAGGAAGCUAUCGGUGCCCUGAAUGGAGAGUGUACCCCCAACAAGGUGGAGGUGGAAUCUGUUGAAGCUUUAGAAACAGAAGAACCAGAGAUCAAGACGCUUCAAAGCAGAGCAUCAGGUGAAAUCCAGCACACUUUACCCAAAGAUGAAGUGGCCUUGCAGCAGACAGGAAGCACCAGACGCUUCUCCUCUUCGUCUCCUCCACCUCCCUCCAUUCCACCUCCUCCAUUACCUGCAGCUGAUGGAGAGGAUGCAGACGAGGAGGGCGGGGACACCGACGACAGUGACGAGUCGGACGAGGAGCUGCGGAGCUACAGCGUGCAGCAGCAGCAGGAGGAGCAGAGCGGCGGCGAGGAGAGCGAGGAGGAGGAUUACCCGGUGCCCAUCGUGGUCAGCGACGACAGCCACGCCCACAAACUGAGAAGCCUCCUGAAGACGAAGACAAACCUGCAGGAGGAGGAGGAGGAGGAGGAGCGCAAGAAGAAGACGGUGUCUUUUUUUGACGACGUCACCGUCUAUCUGUUCGAUCAGGAGAGCCCAACGAAGGAGCUGGUGGAGCACGGCUUCCCUUUAGGAGGAGAAGGUCAAAGUUCAUGGAGCAAAUCCCAAGAAAGGCUGAACGCCUCCGAUGACUCUUCAGAUGGAAACAUCUCAGAGGAGAGUGCAGGGUACGAGUGGGAGGACGACUUCCCUCUGCUCCCUCUGCCCACCUCCUCCGGACCCUCGGACUCCCCUCUGAUCCGAUCGGCCCCUAAAGCUCCGGACCCCAAACCAGCCGUCCAGUUCUCUCGCUUCACCGUCUCCCCCUCCAACGUGUCUCGGUUCUCCAUCACCCACAUCUCUGACUCUGACAUGGACUCUGCAGGAGGAAGCAGCGAGGACGGAGACAAAGAAUAACUGCUGUGGAUCUUUCUGCCUCUCUGAGACGACAUCUCGGCCUCCUAGCAUGACUUCUCUUUUAUUUUUUGAACGUCAGGUUUUAGAAAAACACAAGACAGUGCCUCUUACCGCCUCUGGACACUUUUGAAAGGUCCGUCUUACUGACCUAAACUGUUUAGAAUACUGAAAAGAGAAUGGUUAAUAUAUAAAAAAAAUUACAGGAUGUUAAUAUAUACUGUGUGUAUGAUGUAAAGAAUCUAUGAGAGCAGGGGGGAAAACUUUGGAUUGUGCAUAUUUUUCGGAUUAAAAAGACACAAUGGAAGGAAAAGCAUCACAUUCGCCACCUCUUUCACUUCUUAAUUUAUGACGGGAAGCAUUUAUGAGAGAGUGGAACCAGCUGGAUUUCAGUUAAAACGAGUAAACUUCAGGUUUUCUGGCUUUUCAAUGGAGGAAUCUGCACUUUGGACAAGACUGUACAGCUCCACAGACUUUCUACUUUUUAGGAAACUGCUUUACUUACUGUCUUAAUAAAUAUCAACGAGAAUCCUUGGGGGUAUCACAAGUAAUAUAAUGUUAUUAUUAUGGUUCAUGCGGAGACAAAGGAACUGCUGCUAAGAAGCAAAGGAGGAUUUUAACGGCUCGUGUCUGGCGACGGAGAAGUUUUUGUGGAAACAGCUGAUCGAACCUGGACAAUUUGAUAUUUUGUGACUCUAUUUAUUUUUCUUUUUUUUGUAUCAGGACCACUACUGUACUGUUUUACAUGAAUCUAUGGCUCAUUAUCUCACCAGGCACCACAGCAUUGGAAAGAAGUGAAAGAAGUUAUUUCAGAUUUAACUCUUAUUAAAAGGUUUAACAGGUU